AAGGUUGUUCAGUCAAUGACCACACUCAUCUCUGGUGUGCAAGGUGACGUUCCGGCUGGUUCUGAGGGAAGGCCAUACGUUGGUGGAAGUAAGAAGGUUGCUGCAUGCGCAAAGCAUUAUGUUGGUGAUGGUGGUGCGUUUAUGGGGAUCAACGAGAACGAUACAAUCAUUGACGCCCAUGGGCUGAUGACUAUCCAUAUGCCUGCUUAUUACAAUUCUAUCAUCAGAGGUGUCUCCACUGUUAUGACCUCGUACUCUAGCUGGAACGGCAAGAAGAUGCACGCCAACCAUUUCCUUGUCACUGAUUUUCUGAAGAACAAGCUCAAAUUUCGGGGUUUCGUGAUUUCAGACUGGCAAGGCAUUGAUCGGAUUACUAGCCCUCCAGGCGUGAACUAUUCUUAUUCAGUUGAGGCUGGAGUUGGUGCCGGUAUUGACAUGAUCAUGGUUCCUUUUGCCUACACAGAAUUCAUUGAUGAUCUGAUAUACCAACUUAAGAACAACAUCAUCCCCAUGAGCAGAAUCAACGAUCCUAUCUAUAGGAUUCUCAGGGUGAAGUUCACCAUGGGUCUAUUUGAGAACCGCUAUGCUGACCCAAGCCUCGUUCGUGAACUCGGGAAGCAGGUUGGUAAGAACCCUUGA